AUGUAUUACAUGAAGUCUUAUUGUGGAGUUGAAAAAUAUGUGAUAUCGCAAAUUUCUUUUGAAAACAAAGAGAUAGAAAUAUCUUCUUUAGAUUUUUUGAAUUUAAACACUAAAGGCGAUACUAGUAUGCUUUGGUUACAGAAUAAAGAAAUAUGGUGUUUGUUACAGAUAUUUUUGGAGAGAAAUUCAAGGUCUUGGAUCACUAAAAAAAGACAGCAGUUAGGCUGUGUGAGCCCAGAGCAAUCUUAUUAUAUGUUCAAUCUUGGUAGAAGUGUUGAAGAUUCUACAGCUAGCAGACCGGAAUGGAUUGAUUCAUCAAGGUUAUUAAUACCUUUACUGGAAAAAGACCACUGGACUUUGAUCUAUGUAGUUUUUAUAAAAAAAACGUUAUCACUCAAACUUACAGGAUUUGGUUCUAUCAAGUUCAAAGUGUAUGAAGAACAUUUGCUUAAUUUGUGGAAAAGACGAAGGUAGUUUUAAACAAAAUUAUGAUUGUGAAAUGGAUAGUACAAUGGUUCAGUGUGGGUCUUGUACUAGAUGGCUGCAUAUCUCAUGUUUAGCAGAAA